AUGAGUUACGGACCUAAAGCAGCUGAAAGAUUAGCAGGAAAGACAGUAUUGGUUACUGGCGCUUCUGCUGGAAUUGGUGAAGCCACUGUUAAAGAAUUGGCUGAAGCCGCCAAUGGAAACAUCAAAUUCAUUUUGACAGCUAGAAGAUUAGAAAGAUUGAAGAGCUUAGAAGAUGAAUUGAAGAAAAAAUUUCCCAACAUAAAGGUCCUCUCUGUGCAAUUUGACGUCUCUAAAACUGAUGAGAUUAAAUCUUUUGUCAAAAGUAUCCCUGCUGAAUUUGCGGAUAUUGAUGUACUUUUCAAUAAUGCAGGGAAAGCUUUGGGCCGGGACGAAGUGGGAAAAAUAGAAGAUUCAGAUAUCAGAGAAAUGUUUGAAACCAACGUUUUAGCACUUAUCAUGUUGACUCAAGAGAUCUUGCCAAUCUUCAAAGCAAAGAACUCUGGUGAUAUUGUUAACAUGGGAUCUAUUGCGGGAAGAGACCCUUACCCUGGAGGAGGCAUUUACUGUCCUACAAAAGCUGCUGUUAAGUCUUUCUCGCAUGCAUUGCGCAAGGAGUUAAUCAGCACAAAAAUUAGAGUGAUUGAGGUUGACCCUGGUAAUGUUGAGACCGAAUUUUCGCAAGUGAGAUUUAAGGGAGAUGUGGAGAAGGCAAAGGCCGUGUACGCUGGAACUGAACCCUUAACUGGAGCUGAUAUCGCUGAGGUCGUUGUUUUUGCUUUGACUAGAAAACAAAAUACGGUUAUUGCAGAAACAUUAGUGUUCCCUAACCAUCAGGCGUCGUCCUCUCACUUCUAUCGUGGUACAUAG